CUUGCCUCUGAAACACGUGCUUAUCGAUAAGACCAACUUGGUGGAGAUCGUUGCAGUUAGUGGCUACUUAUUGCCACGAGAAGUUUGUCUGCAGUUUACAAGUAUAUCUCAUCAGCCGCAAACUUGGACAAGUGGGGAGACUGUGAAACAACGUUUCAACCCCUCAUCACCCACAAUUUUCUCAAACCAUUCCCAUUUUACUCCCACUAGCAUCAAACGAGCUCCAGUCCGCCGAUCCGUUUUAAACUGAGCCUAGGUACUAUCAAACCAUCAUGGACCUGGACGAAGCGAUGUCUACACACUCUGUUGACGUCAACGUGGACAAUGACGGAGCGAUGCGAAGCGUGGGCUUCUAUGAACACACAGCAGCGCCAUAUGUAUUUCCAUCCUUCGAUUUCUUCCAAAUAGAUUUGUACACAGACCAAGAUGUAGAAACACCCUGCAUGAUUUGCGGCGUCAGCUUCAACAUCAGCCGUCAUCGAACAAAUGGAGAACCCCCCUCAGCAGCAUGGUGCAGCCAUGCAAAAGCUGGCAUCGGAGAACUCCCCGGAAGCCAAAGUUGCGCACAACCAGGCUGCACUUCCAUCCCGAGAAAUGGCCCAGAACCAGAAACGAGAUUUAUCUCGACUAGAAAUCUCUAUUCUAGCCGUUCUGAGCACGUUUCCGGACCGAACUGCACAUCAAUCAAUGCAUACCACGGAAACCGCAUCUCAGCCGAGGCGAUGAGAGAGUGCAAUACAUAUCAAUGCCUCUUAUCCCGCAACGAGACCUGGGAGCCACAGGAAAGUGAACUUGAAGAUUUCGAGAAACAAGGCCGUUUUGUACUCAGCGGUAUAAGCGGCUGCAUGGAACCCGACUACAGGUCUUAUUCGGAAGUUUUUCCACGACGCAACAAUGUUCGCGCCCCAGAGACAGACUAUGAUGAUGAUGGUGUUAGUGCAAUGCCAGUUCAUCCGACAUGCUUUGAGGUGUUCAAGCGAGCGUCGAUAUAUCGAUAUGGAUUUGCGGAUGUUGAGGCUUUGGCGAGAUGGGGACAGGGAAGAAAUGCACUUGGGAUGCCGAUACCAGAACAUGCUGCCGUGAAGAGGGGAAGGGAAAUGUACUGGAGGCAUCACAUUGGUGACGAGUUUCUUGCGGCGAAUCCGUGCUUUGUCCCGGGGUUACAGGAUAUUCUUGUAUCAGUACAGAAUACCAGCAACCCUGACGACAGUUGUUCAGACGAGGCUUUGUCAAUGGCGCAUUCUACAGAUGUCUUCUCCAAGCUGCCGCAGGAGAUCAAGCUCGAAAUUCUCCUUCGACUUGAUUCAUGGGACAUUGCAAACCUGCGACGAUCAUCACGAUCAUUCCGCCAUCUCCCGCAAUCCCUCUUCUACCACCUAACCCUCCGCGAACUCCCCUGGCUCUACGAAGCAUGGUCCUCCCUCCCGCUCUCAUUCUUCGUCACAACAACAGCAGCCGAGCAAACAGAAAUCGGCCAAACCUUGGUCAAAACUAACGACGAGAUAUCUUCCGCUCGUCUCAACGACAGUGGAUCUGAGGAAGAUGCAGCAAAAAUUGAGCGAUUAGUUCGUUUUGCAAAUGAGCUUCAAGAGAAACAGAAACACAGAUACACGACGCCUGUGGGGAUGCUGGAUCGGAAGAAUACUAAUUGGACGCGAUUGCGGGGGGAGUUGACGAGACGGUGGGGAGAACUACCGGGGUUGAGGAACAGAAGGAGGAUUUGGAAUAGCUGCCAGGAAAUCAUGGACCGUGCGGAAGUAAUUGCAAGAUAACGAUACGGAUUGAGAUAACCAUAUGAUUAAUGAUGAAUUGCCGAUUUCAUUCACUGGUUUAUCGCAGUAUUUACCAAAGCGUCACUCAAUAAACAAGUUUGCUC